GGUUGUGAGUGGAAGUGUUUAGCGAGAGAGAAACGCUACCCAUUAGCGAAAAACUCGGCUUAGUGAGAAACCUCUAUAAGCGAGAAUAAGAUUGUGCUCCCUUGAACUCUCGCUUAUCCAGAGUUAACUUAUAUCGCCGAAUACAUAGUUUUAAGGCACAGUUGGCAUUUUUAUAUUCCAUGGUUUGGCGACAUCCACUAAAAAAUGGAAGAUUUUAACAAGAUUAAGAACAAUUGUUUAGUAAAGAAAAAAUUAUGGUGCGAUCCUGACUUCCCUGCAGAAAUAAUGUCACUAUUUUAUCAUCAAGUUCCCAAUGUCAUAUUCGAGUGGAAGAGGCCGGCUCAAAUGCAUGAAAGUCCGAUUUUUAUUGAUGACGCGUUUGAAGGUUUUGAUCUCGAUAAUGGCCCACUCGGAGACUUGUGGCUAAUGGGUUGUAUGGAGGUUCUCCACAAGUUUAAGGGAAUUUUCAAACAUGUUGUGCCAGUAGACCAAAACUUCCGUUCAAAUUAUGCUGGGAUUUUCAGAUUUCGUAUAUGGUGGAACGGGAAAUGGGAAGUCGUAAUGGUUGAUGACAGGUUACCAACUGUGAAUGGAGAGUUCGUUUUCAUACACAACACUCACGGCAUGCAAUUAUGGGCAGCUUUAUUAGAAAAAGCUUAUGCAAAAUUGCACGGUUCUUAUGAAGCCCUUAAAUAUGGCAAUGCUGACGAUGCUCUUAUGGACCUCACUGGGGGUAUAGUUGAAAGUAGUCCAUUACCUCUACUUAAUCAGGUGAAAGUACUACAUCAUCGUUUAAAAUCAGUCUCAACUAUCGCCCUUGCAUUUGCCCCGUCAGGACCUGGACCAUUUGAAUCAAUUACGAAUUCUAAACUAUUUCUUAUAUACGAAACAGAUAAAGUUAUGACCUCAGAUGGUUUUAUCUAUAUAGUCCGUAUAGUAGUACCUUUCUUACCUACUAGUGACCAAGUGCCUAAUCGUUUCUUCGAACUUAAUUAUAAUGCCAUAUGGGAUUCCUUAUCGGCAUUUAAAAAGAAGGAACUAUUGGCAACUGAGCAGGGAUUUUGGGUACCAUUUACCGAACUUGAAAAAAUUAUCAGUUGUAUGCGAUUAUUAAACUUCGAUGUACAAUCUUGUCAAUUAGAACCCACUUUUGCGUACAAAACCAGAUGGUUAUCACAAAACCGCCAAGGAAGCUGGGUAAAGGGAGUAACAGCUGGAGGUUGCAAGAACAAUACUGAGACCUUCCACUUAAAUCCACAAUUUCAAGUUUCGAUCAGUAGUCGGACUCCAACUAUUAUAUCACUUCAGCAAAGCAAUUCAUUGGAAUCGCAAGUCAUUGGCUUUACCGUUCAUUUGUUAAGAAAUAUCUUAAAUGAAAAAGCUUCAGCCAGCUUAUUGACCGAAACUGACGGUUUACUAAAUGCUCACUAUUCAAAUGCUCGCCACGUUAGUAGUGUGUCUGUCAUUGAACCUGGCAUAUAUCUGAUUAUGCCAACGACCUAUGAACCUCGUAAAGAAGGCAGGUUUACACUUAGAAUAUUCACAUUGAAACCAAUUAUAAUGUCAAAUGAACUGGACACCCAGACACGUCUACUUAAUCAGAUUGUGUUUGAAGCAGAUUCUGUAUUGCAUAAUAGCAAAAAUUUAAAACUAUACGAAAUAUUAUUCCUUCAAUUAGCAGAUGAGCAUAAAACUGUAGAUGCCUUCGGUCUCCAAGAUGUCUUAGAAAAAUCAUUGCCAAACGACUACUUACAAAGUUGUGCCACAAUAGAAACAUGUCGGCAUAUAAUAUUAGGUAUGGAAGCACCAAACAAGAAAGAACUUACAGGUCGUAUUCACUUGAAAAGCUAUAAAAAUUUAUUGAUCAGCCUUUUGCACUGGGAGGAAAUAUUUAGAGAGUAUACCACUAAAACAAGAGGAGUGCUUGCGGUGGAAAGGCUUUAUGUUGCUUUAUCCAAAGUUGGCUUUUUGAUUAGUAAUAAAUUAUUGGCGAUGUUAGUGUUCAAAUACAUGAGGAGGGAUGGUACCCUGCGAUUUGGCGACUUUGUCUCUGCUAUAUUUUAUUUAAAAAGAAAGCUUGGCUUCAGCGAGGACGCUUCUAGCUUGCCAUGAGUAUUAAAACCAAUAAUUUUAUAUAAUCUUAAUUUAGUAAAACACCAGCUAUGCCAUGUCAGCUUAAAUAUAAACAUCUAUAAUUCAAAUUGUAAGAUCUAUAUAUAUAUAAACUGUUCAAGAUUUUUUUUUGAGAAUAUUUAAAUAAUCUAAUUUACUAAGUUUAUUCACAAGACAAAUAUAAUUCACAAUAAAUAUAACAUUAAUCUGGCAUGGUUUUUAAAUUGUCUGUGAUUUUAAAUGUUUUUGUUAUAAAAUAAUUGAGGAAGCAAAUGGUGCAUGGAUGUGAUAAUGUGUACAUAGGCAUGUAAAGCCAUAGGUUAUUGAAAUUGUGAUUCUUAUUUAAGUAGAUAUACUAGUGAUUUUUCUAAACAAAAUGUACAUUUUAAAAUCUUUAAGGCUCACCAAG